AUGAGCAAAAUACCAGCCGUGGGUAUAGAUUUGGGUACCACUUACUCGUGUGUAGGGGUGUGGCAGCAUGGAAAAGUGGAAAUCAUCGCCAACGACCAGGGAAAUCGGACGACACCCAGCUACGUGGCGUUCACAGACUCCGAAAGGCUGAUCGGAGAUGCCGCCAAGAGUCAGGUACGCAAAAAAGCAAAUGUUAACCGUCAUUACGUUUAG